UAAAAUUCAAAAUCAACAAAAUGUAAAUAAAAACAAACACAUAUGUAAUAAUAAUAAUGUACAUAUAAAAAGUUAUUUUUUUUUUGUAAUUUGUUGCUAAUUAUUAGGUUGAAGUGUACACAAACUGAAAUAAUUGAUAUAGAUAUUUAAAUUAGAUGGCUGUAAAUAGUUACUUUUAUAAAUUACGUCAGUUAAAAACAUUCAAAAACUGUCGUCUAUGGAGUACAUCAUUUGCUAAUUCGGAGUUAAACCCCGACAAUCCAGAUUUUGAGGAGAACAGUGAAGUCAAUCAACCAAGCACAGCGAGACUGACGCGACAUGUAAGAGAAAUUAAUGCGUUCUUUGAACAACACCCAGAUUUCCAACAUUUAAAAAGAUGGGUCCCAAAAAAAGUCUUAGAAACAAGACCUUACAAAAGUCCUGAGCAUAUAUAUUUAGUGUGCCCCAAGAUUGCAACAUCAGUAGCAAGACAUAUAAAACAAAGAAUCCAAGGUGUCACUUUUAUUGGAGAAAGUAAUGCUGGGUUUGGCUUGAUUACGAAAGCAUUAUUGAAUGAAGGAGUUUCCUCACCAAUAAGGAUAUAUGAAAGUUUACCAGAAUUUCAGCAAUAUCUAAAUGAAAGCUUUAAAAAUGAAGAUCGAGUAAUUUUAUACCCUAAGGAUUUUUUCUCACUUAGGAAACAUGCCUCAAUAGAUAGGUUAAAUUGUAGCUCCACAGUUUCUGAAAUGAUAGAGGGGAUAUCAAUGAGGACUUGGAGAGAUGAGCCUGCAAUAACUCUAGUUGGUACAUUAACCAAUAAUACAUUUUUAAAAUACCUUAUAAGGUGUCUAAUUUUACAAAGGGAGCCAAUUACUUAUGGAAGAAUUGAUCUUUUCUUGAUAACACCUUUAAAUCAAUGGCAAAUUUAUACAGCUACCUCGGAUAAUGUUUAUCGCCAGUACAAGGCUGUAUCAACACUGUUGCAAACAUUUUUUGAUAUGGAAUUAAUAGACAAAUAUCCUAGGAAAUAUUUCCUUCCAUGGCAAAACCAUUCAAAGAAAAGUCGAGGGAAAAAGGAUCCGUCAAAUUUUGAGGAAGUAUGUUUGAUGAGAAUGACAAUGAAAAAAGAUUUUCCAAUAACGGCAGAUCAUUUUCUGCCUUACUAUUCUUUUAUAUCGUUUUUAUAUGCUAGAGGGUCUGGUUCCAUUAUUAGCACCUGUGAAAAAUAUAUACCAAAUAGCGGUCAAAGCCUUAUUGUUCCAAAAUUGCCCCAUGAAGACUAUUUUGAAGACAUAAACAUUUUUACAAAGUUUAAAGAGUUGACUCCCAAACAACUCAUAAGUCUUUAUAAAGAAUUAGCUGCCCAUGAACACUUUGAUAGUAGUCCAUUUAUGGAUAUGGUUGAACAGGAACUGGUGAAAAGUGAGACUAUAGACUCUGAUUUACACGAGUAUAAUACGAAACAUAAAUAGUGAAAAGUAAGCUGUUUUCUCCUGAUUUCCUUAUCAAUUUUUUACUCAUGAGUUCUAGCAAGUCCAUUCAAUUGUUUGUGAUUGUAAAAAUAAGAUUUUUCUAAUGAAUGUUAUUUAUACGUUUAUUCUUUGUUCUAAAUAUAUUUCUUUUCGUACAAACUAAAACAUUUAAUAAAUUAAGAUUUUAUUGUUGUUUCAUCAAAA